GGCUUUCAUGUUGCUCUCUUUCUGGCUGCCAUCGUUCCUGGACUUCGACUCCCGUGCUUCUCUCCCCUUCUUCUCUCUGCGCAGUGGUCGAGUGAACAGCCUCACCAGUCGUCUCCUUCCUUGACGGGUCAGGCAAAGUAGGUUAUCCCAAGAUCCGACGGUUCUCGUUGGAUUCACGGUUACGGCAUCGUCCCGUUGUCCUCUCAUUUGAUUCCCUUUUCGGCCCCCAUCCACACUUCUGCUUCUUGUGUCUUAAUUUUUGUCCAUACCUUUUUUUAUUCCCCCGAAUAGACGCUCGCUCGUUCCCACACCCAAUCUCACACAGCACAUACACACGCCUCACACCAUCCAUACACCACAACCGCCAGUCAUUUCCGUCUCUCGGCCAGCAUUUCGUCUCGUCUCCCGCUUGAGGUGUGCUCUGUCUGCCUUGUAUUAUCGCAUUGACCCGCAGUCCUGCCAGUCGCUCCCAAGGCGGCCCGUCGAUUCACCACCCUCCUCUACCUAGCUUGCGUCCAGCGGCCUGCGUGCAUACCGACCGACACUCCCCCUCCUGUGCGACACGCAGACGGGCCCUUCGCCAAGGCUACCGCGCCGCCAAUCGGGACAUCGAAAGCUGCGCCUUCCUGCGGCCGCCCCAUCGCGCCUGCUCCAACUGUUGCCAGUCGUUUGCGAUUAUAUCGCACCCAGACCUGCCACUCGAAUUUCCAUUGCUGCGGCCCGACCACCGACCUCGACCUCGACCACCGGCUACCCAAGCCUUCACGUCUGGCCGACACUUUUUCGCGUGGUUUUGGGCACCAAGGCCCCAGACUUUGACGGCCACCUAGGCAUCUUGGGCCUUUUUUGGGUAUUUGAAUUCAGCAGUUUGACGGCGACAAGUCACUUGCGACAGCCCCGUUUUAAUUCCUGCGCUGCGACGCCCGCGUCCGACACGGCUACCGGCUGUCCGCCCGUCGCACAACGCCCGGCAAGAAUAUGCGACGUUAGAGAAGGAUGAACAUCGAGACCCGUUCGCUGCAGUAAUACAACAGCGAUUGGCCACUCCAUAGCGGCCACGCCCGACCGAAGACCACCCGAACAAGCCGAGAAACUCUACGCCGACCUACCGGACCAGCCAUUCGCUAUGGGAUCUAGUCGAGGACGCAUAAGGGGCAGGAGAGCUGGUGGCGCCCCUAGCACAAGCGCAAUUCUUGUCUCAUCACUUCUCUCUUCUGCCCCGGUUGCCAUGGCCGCGUGCAUUUCGCUCCGUGGUUCGACUGCCUGUCCGGCUUUCCAGUCUGCUUCCAUAUCCAACGAUGAUUUUCUCGUUGGUCUUUUUUCUUUUUUGAGAUUUGUCGACAGCACCUCGUCUUUCGACACCCAACUGCAGUCAUACGUACGCACCAGCUACGUCCAAGAAAAGUAUCAAACCCUGCUUGGGUGCGGAGGAAUCUCUCUCACAAACACAACAGAUCACUAUGCGCGGUUCACCACUACCGUCAUCUGCAAUGCGAUCGUCCAGAACUCGAUCGAUCGCUGCAGUCUCUCACCAGAGAACUCUCGUCCUGUUUGUGCCGAGACUUGCGCACAAUUUGCCCAGAGCGAGGCCUACGUCACGGCCAACACGAAUCUCUGCCAAAACCCCAGCAGUAAUGCGCAGAGGCAGAUAAGAGCUGAUUUUACGAACUGCGCUCUGCCUGCCAACGCCUUGUCGAGCAACGCUUGCAUCCAAGGCAUCGCCAACGAGCCCCAGAACUGUGGUUACUCGGGCAGCACUGUUGGGCUUUGCUCGUACUGUGCAUCGGGCGGCAUUAACUCGACCGACACCUGCUGCUACUCGUCCGAUAUCAAGAAGCGAUGCGCCGGCGUCGUUCUCCCGUCGAUCCCGACCAUGUCGUUCCCGACAACAAUCCCGACCAGCAGCGCCAGCUCGACGCCAGAACCCGCUGCGGGCGGAAACGGUGGCCUUUCUGGUGGUGCCAUUGCCGGGAUAGUCAUUGGAACAGUUGUGGGCUUUGCCCUCCUUGCCGGCCUGAUCUUUCUCUGCGUGCUGCUUCGGCGGCGGCGCCGCGGCGGCAGUCAGAAUGGCAGCAUACUCAACCAGCCGACCCCGGCUAGGAAAGGGGUCCCGGCGCCCAUGUCACAGCCCGCAACUAGCCCUGGCUACGAGGUGCUGCCCGGCGGAAGGAUUGCACGCAUGUCCGCCCUCGAGGGCCACUCGGGUGACUCGCCCUCGCGCCAUGGAGGCCGAGGGGGUUCGGCCAUGGGCGGCAUGGGCGCAGGCGCAGGCGCAAUGGGAGCAUACGCCAUGGGCCGGUCCAGAGGAGGAGGGGACAACCAGUCAUCUUCGGAUGACUUUAUGGUUGGGGAUAGCCCCGGAUCUGACCACAGGGGUGGCAUCCUUCGGCCGCCCCCGACGACCCUCCGGAGGCACGGCUCCCUCUCGAGCGGUUCCGUCCUUGCAGAGGGAGAUCCGCAGUCGCCGACCAGUGGCAUGUCAUCCCCACCGGGUGUUGCCAGCCAGCAGUCCGAGCAGCUCCCCUUCUUCAAGGAUUAUUACUCCCAGGAUGACAUCCACCCCGGGGACCGAGUUGCCGUCCUUUGGGCCUACCAGCCUCGUGCCGCGGACGAGUUCGCGCUGGAGCGUGGCGACAUGCUCAAGGUUGUGGGCAUCUGGGACGAUGGCUGGGCCACUGGUGUCUUGUUGGAGGAGCGUGCCGACGAGUGGGAGGUUAGGCGGCAGUCCCAGCGCGACAGCGGCGUGUCCAACACGUCGGGUCGUGUGCGCGACGUUUCACCCCCUGUCAGCGGCGAAAUCAAGGCCUUCCCGCUCGUCUGCGUCUGCAUCCCGGAGCACUGGAGGAAGACGAUCGAAGGAGACGGUUCAACCGAGACCGGCUCAAGCGCCCACCAGACCCACGGAUCGGGAUGAGCGCCGGCGAACCUCGGAAGUAACGAAAGUCACGACGAAGCUGCAUGUUCUUUGGCUUGGCAUUCGACGUUUUGCAUUCGACCACGGAGUUCGGCGUUCGAUUCAGAGACCCUGGUCUAGCGUGGCCUUGGGGAAAGGCGGCCAGUUCUGCCUCGGGCCUAUUAUGGAAACCCACGACAGCCAGGGCUCCACGGCACCAACCCGCGCGACAUUGUUAUCCUCUCUUGUCUUCCUGCACAUAGAGAUGACCUUUUAGUUGUUGCAUUGCUCGCGGCGACACGUUUAAUGCCUCUUUGAGCUUGAGAUGGCCCACCCUUUUUAAUAUUUUCCAAACAUUCGAGCCGGCUUCCUUCCGGCCUUCCCCACGUUGGUUCGUGCGAGAAGAUUUGGAUGGAUCGACUCUAGUUCUCGUACUACUCAGCCGCACUUUGGGCCCUCCCCUUUCGGUUCGCUUGUUUACUCUAUUAUACCCGGUCUUUUUGGGCCAUCUGGUGUUUUCAUAUGUAGGGGUCGGGGAGGGCUUCAUCUUGCGAUUUAAUUUUUUAUAUGUUCGCUUCCAUUGAAAGCGCCUUGGGUGCACGCCGACAAGAUAGACGACACCUUCGCGAGGGCACUCCCUGCGAGGAAACCGGGGUCGAAUGAUGGGGGUAGAGGUUCGAAGGUGAUGGGGGAGGGGCGGCGGGAAGUGUUUGAGGGGGUUGUGGCGCAUGGUAAACCUCCACCUGGAUACACUCGAGACUUAUCUGGGGGACUAAGCUCAACCUUCUUUUUUGUUGUUUCCUUUUGUCCGUCGCGAUCAGGAUACCGCCCAACAUUUGACUACCUGUUGUCUGCAAGAUGCCAUCGACAUAUGCUAGGGGUAUCUCUUCAGACUGCAAGCACUCCCAGUUUACUUGGUUAAUCCUGUGAAUACAACGAGAAGUGGUAUAUGUCCAUCAACGAAAUGACGUGGACGAGC